CGGGGCCGGCGCUUCCCCGGAGGCGGCGUGAGGCGGCGGCGGCGGCCCAGCCCGCGGCCGAAGAGGACGGAGCCCCGGCCACGCCGAGGGGGGUGCUGGCACAUGUGUCCUGGUCCCCGACACCCUUCUAUGGGCCUAGGGAUCUGUCCGUCCUCCUCGGCAUCAACGGAGCCUUCUCAAACCUGCAGGGGUCCUUGGUGAAUUUUGUCAUGGUCAUUUAAGGAACCUCGUGUAGAAGUCCCAACUCGCAGUUCCCCAUCGCUGGGAAGGCGUGGACUCCAAGAUGAUUAUAAAGGAAUAUCGGAUUCCUCUGCCAAUGACUGUGGAGGAGUACCGCAUCGCCCAGCUGUACAUGAUACAGAAGAAGAGCCGUAACGAGACAUAUGGCGAAGGGAGUGGAGUGGAGAUCCUGGAGAACCGGCCAUACACAGACGGCCCUGGUGGCUCCGGGCAGUACACGCACAAGGUGUACCACGUGGGCAUGCACAUUCCUGGCUGGUUCCGCUCCAUUCUGCCCAAGGCAGCCCUGCGGGUGGUGGAGGAGUCCUGGAAUGCCUACCCCUACACCCGGACCAGGUUCACCUGCCCUUUUGUGGAGAAAUUCUCCAUCGACAUUGAAACCUUUUAUAAAACCGAUGCUGGAGAAAACCCCAAUGUGUUCAACCUUUCUCCUGUGGAAAAGAACCAGCUGACAAUCGACUUCAUCGACAUCGUCAAAGACCCCGUGCCCCCCAAUGAGUAUAAGACAGAGGAGGACCCCAAGCUGUUCCAUUCGACCAAGACCCAGCGGGGACCCCUGUCCGACAACUGGAUCGAGGAGCACAAGAGCCAGGUCUCCCCGCUUAUGUGCGCCUACAAGCUGUGCAAGGUGGAGUUCCGCUAUUGGGGCAUGCAGUCCAAGAUCGAGAGGUUCAUCCACGACGUCGGCCUGCGGCGGGUGAUGGUGCGGGCCCAUCGGCAGGCCUGGUGCUGGCAGGACGAGUGGUACGGGCUGAAUAUGGAGAACAUUCGGGAGCUGGAGAAGGAGGCGCAGCUCAUGCUGUCCCGCAAGAUGGCUCAGUUCAACGAAGACAAGGAGGGGGCCGCGGAGCUCACCAAGGACGAAGCCGCCCAGAACCAGGCCCCCAGGGAGCCCCCCAAGCCCAGCAGCAGCAAUGGGGAACCCCUGGCAGGGCGGGGCCUGAAGAAGCAGUGGUCCACAUCCUCCAAGUCAUCACGGUCAUCCAAGCGGGGAGCCAGUCCUUCCCGCCACAGCCUCUCGGAGUGGAGGAUGCAGAGUAUUGCCAGGGACUCCGAUGACAGCUCUGAGGAUGAGUUCUUUGAUGCACACGAGGACCUGUCUGACUCAGAGGAAAUAUUCCCCAAGGACAUCACCAAAUGGAGCUCCAACGACCUCAUGGACAAAAUCGAGAGCCCAGAGCUGGAGGACACGCAGGAUGGUCUAUACCGCCAGAGCACCCCUGAGUUCAGGGUGGCCUCCAGUGUGGAACAGCUGAGCAUCAUCGAGGAUGAGUCCAGCCAGCCGCUGGCCGUGCCACCCUCCAAGAUCCACGUGCUGCUGCUGGUGCUGCAUGGAGGCACCAUCCUGGACACAGGCACCGGGGACCCCAGCUCCAAGCAGGGUGACACCAACACCAUCGCUAGUGUAUUCGACACCGUCAUGCGUGUGCACUACCCGAGCGCACUGGGCCACCUCGCCAUCCGCCUGGUGCCCUGCCCACCUGUGUGCUCUGACGCUUUCGCCCUCGUCUCCAACCUCAGCCCCUAUAGCCAUGAUGAAGGCUGUCUGUCCAGCAGUCAGGAUCACAUCCCCCUGGCUGCUCUGCCCCUGCUGGCCACCUCCUCGCCACAGUACCAGGAGGCGGUUGCCACGGUGAUCCAGCGGGCCAACCUCACCUAUGGGGACUUCAUCAAGUCCCAGGAGGGCAUAACCUUCAGUGGGCAGGUCUGCCUCAUUGGGGACUGCGUUGGGGGGAUCCUGGCGUUUGAUGCCUUAUGCCACAGCAGCCAGCCAGUGUGUGAGAGUCAGAGCAGCAGCCGCCGAGGCAGCGUGGUCAGUGUGCAGGACACUGACCUCCUGUCCCCCGGCAUCCUGGUGAAUGCUGCACACUGCUCCAGUGACAGCAGUGGUGGUGGCAGUGGUGGCGGCUCCAGCCUGGAGAGCAGUCGGCACCUGAGCCGCAGCAACAUCGACAUCCCCCGCAGCAAUGGCACUGAGGAUCCCAAAAGGCAACUGCCCCGCAAGAGGAGUGACUCAUCCACCUACGAGCUGGACACCAUCCAGCAGCACCAGGCUUUCCUGUCCAGCCUCCAUGCCAGUGUGCUGCGGAAUGAGCCCAACACCCGCCGCUCAAGCAGCUCCACCAUGCUGGAUGGCGCGGGGGGCCUGGGCAAGUUUGACUUUGAGAUCACCGACCUCUUCCUCUUUGGGUGCCCGCUGGGGCUGGUCCUGGCCUUGAGGAAAACCGUCCUCCCAGCCCUGGAUGUUUUCCAGCUGCGGCCGGCCUGCCAGCAAGUGUACAACCUGUUCCACCCCGCGGACCCAUCGGCCUCCCGCCUGGAGCCACUGCUGGAGCGGCGCUUCCAUGCCCUGCCGCCCUUCAGCAUCCCCCGCUACCAGCGCUACCCGCUGGGGGACGGCUGCUCCGCGCUGCUGGUCGAGACUGUGCAGAGAAACCCCGAGCUGCUCCUGGAGGGCGGGCCCCUGGCCCCUCUUCCCCACAGGGACGGCUUCCUGGAAACCAGUAUCCCCGUUCCCGCGCUCACCGGGCAAGAUGGGCCCCGCCAGAGCCCGGGCUGUGCUGAGUCAGAUGCGCUCCAGACCCACACUGUGGUCUUCCAAGAGCAUGCAGCCCCCUCCUCGCCCGACACGGCCCCCACUAGCCGUGGCUUCCGCCGAGCCAGUGAGAUCAGCAUCGCCAGCCAGGUGUCAGGCAUGGCCGAGAGCUACACGGCAUCCAGCAUUGCCCAGAAGGCCCCCAAGUCGCUCAGCCACACCCCCAGCAUCAGGCGCCUGUCCCUGCUCGCCCUGCCCCCCCCAACCCUCACAAGCCCUGGCCCCCGCCCUUGGGUCAGGCAGGCAAGCCCCUGCCUGGAAAGUGCCUCCUGCCUCCCUGGCCUGGACAUCGGAGAAGUUGCUGCAAAGUGGUGGGGCCAGAAGCGGAUUGACUACGCCCUGUACUGCCCUGACGCUCUCACAGCCUUUCCCACGGUGGCCCUGCCCCACCUGUUCCAUGCCAGCUACUGGGAGUCAACAGACGUGGUCUCCUUCCUGCUGAGACAGGUCAUGAGGCAUGACAAUUCCAGCAUCUUGGAGCUGGAUGGCAAGGAGGUGUCAGUGUUCACUCCCUCGAAGCCGAGAGAGAAAUGGCAGCGCAAGAGGACCCACGUGAAGCUGAGGAACGUGACAGCCAACCACCGGAUCAAUGAUGCAGUAGCCAACGAAGACGGCCCACAGGUUCUGACGGGCCGGUUCAUGUAUGGGCCCUUGGACAUGGUCACCCUGACUGGGGAGAAGGUGGACGUGCACAUCAUGAUGCAGCCGCCCUCGGGGGAGUGGCUGUACCUGGACACGCUGGUGACCAACAGCAGUGGGCGCGUCUCCUAUACCAUCCCUGAGACGCACCGCCUGGGGGUGGGCGUCUACCCUAUCAAGAUGGUGGUCAGGGGGGACCACACGUUUGCCGACAGCUACAUCACUGUGCUGCCUAAGGGCACGGAGUUUGUGGUCUUCAGUAUCGAUGGCUCCUUUGCCGCUAGCGUGUCCAUCAUGGGCAGCGACCCCAAGGUGCGGGCCGGGGCAGUGGAUGUGGUGCGGCACUGGCAGGACCUGGGCUACCUCAUCAUCUACGUGACAGGCCGGCCCGACAUGCAGAAGCAGCGGGUGGUGGCGUGGCUGGCCCAGCACAACUUCCCCCACGGCGUGGUGUCCUUCUGCGACGGCCUGGUGCAUGACCCGCUGCGGCACAAGGCCAACUUCCUGAAGCUACUCAUCUCUGAGUUGCACUUGCGUGUGCACGCGGCCUACGGCUCUACCAAGGACGUGGCGGUUUACAGCUCCAUCAGCCUGUCACCCAUGCAGAUCUACAUUGUGGGCCGGCCCACCAAGAAGCUGCAACAGCAAUGCCAGUUCAUCACAGAUGGGUACGCAGCCCACCUGGCCCAGCUCAAGUACAACCACCGGGCACGGCCAGCCCGCAACACGGCCACCCGCAUGGCGCUGCGCAAGGGCAGCUUUGGCCUGCCCAGCCAGGGUGACUUCCUGCGCUCCCGGAACCACCUGCUCCGCACCAUCUCCACCCAGCCCAGUGGGCCCAGCCACCGGCACGAGAGGACACAGAGCCAGGCAGACAGCGAGCAGCGUGGCCAGCGCAGCAUGAGCAUGGCGGCUGGCUGCUGGGGCCGCACCAUGACUGGCCGGCUCGAGCCGGGCGGAGCCACGGGCCCCAAGUAGGGCACCGCUGGGGAGGCACUACAGUCUCCAUGGUGCUAGGCCAGGUGGCAGCCCCGCCAGGAGCCCUGGCCUGGGCACACGCAGUUGGCUGGGACAAGCACAGAUGCGGCCCUGGGAGCUUGUCCUAAGUCCCUGUGGAGGACACAGGAUGUACCACAUAGUCCUCCCAGCCCUGCCUCAUGUCCUAGAAUCUGAGGGGUCCAGCUCAUCGUGGAAGCUGGCAGGACCACCAGCCCCAGGAUGACAGAGGGACCAGGACUCCCCACUUGGACUGGCCCAGGAGAUGCCCCUGGAAAAUCUGUGCUGCAUUGACCUCCCAGCACCUGAUGCCAGGUGUGGCCCAAGCCUGUGGCCCAGCCUGCCAACUCCCAUUCCCUCCCCUUGGGUAGCAGCUUGUUAACUCGAGUUACUCAACUUUUCAACCUCACUGGUUUUGCACUGAUUUCUGAGAGAGCGGAGACCCACUUCCAUCUCCUAUGGAUACAGACUCGUUGACAUGCAUGAAAAUUCAAUAUUUGCUGAUACAGAACCUGUUACCACACAGAAAGCUCCAGGGCAGCAGAUCCUUACGCAAGCAGGAGAGAAAGGCCAUAUCUUCAUUUCUGCAGCCCCACCAGGCCUGCCAGCGCCAUGGGAACCCCAGACCCUGGCCCGCCAUCUCCCUGCCCCACCUGGAACCCAGUCUGGCCACAGGUCUGGUAUCAUUUCCGGCCCUGGACAGCCCAGGUGCAAGGCCCAUGAACCCCAGCGCCAGCUCCCAAGUUGCCCCGCCUCAGGCCACGGGGCCCGCACAAGCCUGGCCUCCUCUUCACUCCUUGUGGCCAUCAGUCAAGGCCGCGCUGCGGCCCUCCGGCCCUCCUGCCCUCCCUGCAUUUCUACGCCUUUCUACUUCUCAAUCUGAUUUCUAUGAGGUUUUUUUAAAUGAGCAAUCCUUGGCUGCUUCCUUUUCUUAACUCUUUCAAUACCAAGCGCAGCCCCUCCACAUGGAAAACACCCAGCACUGUGACGGAGUCCAGCCUGGUCUGAGUCCUGUGGGCCCUACCCCUGCCCACUCAGCAGGGCGUGGGCUCCCUGCCUCACCUGACCCCCACUAAUUCCACGGGGUUUCUACUUGGGGGUGGGUGGGGCACACUCUUAGGUUUUUUUAAUGCCAAUUCCGUUUCGAUGCCGAAUCUAAGAAGCCACCACUCGCUUCGUUAGCUCAAGAGCAGGCAGCCCCGACUUCAUUUCUCUCCUAAACAAGGACCAGGCUGUCCUGCACACCGGGUCUGAACAUCAGCCCUCCCUCCCCAGUGCCGAGCAUGAGCUCGGCUCCUCCACCCUCCCUGAGGUGGGAGCGCCUGCCUGGCCCCAGCCAGCUGUCCAGUGACAAGGCUCUGUCCCCGAGAAGAUGCUGCUGACCCGGAUCUGGCCUCAGGCCAUGUGGGCUGGGCUGGGAGGUGCAGAUCGUUGUUAACUUUUUCCUGUGUGUAGAUAUGUACAGCCAAAGGGUCAUGUAAAUGUUCUACAAAAGCGGGCCUAUACAGAGUGAAAGCUAUUUAUUUUGUGCAGAGAAAAAUGUCUGGAGGAACAGAACCUUCAGGGUUUAUUCAUAUUUAAGAUGUAGCUUUGUGUUGUUGUUGCAGGCGUGUGUUGUUGUUGCAGGCGUUAUGUAUAAAGCAACAACUGUUUUAUGGACCAAGUUUUCAUGUAACUGUUGCAAUGGAAGUGCAAUAUCUGAUCCCCUCUGCUUCCCAGCGGGAAGUCACUCGGCCCGACAAUCACAGCCCCAGCCAGGGGCCCCUGUGGCCAGCGCCUCCUCCUCUGUCGGUCCCACCUCACCCUGUCUUGCCUACCACCUCGGUGACCAGCCACCCGGAGAAGCACCUGGAAGAGUCUCAGGCCCGCCUGCAAUAAAAGCCAGGAGGCCUCCUAGCCUGGGAGGCCCUGCGGGCAGUGGGCCCAGCCUCUCCAUAGGGGACAGCUCCCCCACGGCUCCGCGCUGCCUGCCUGCCUGCCCAGCCGCCAGCCAUGCCAAGGACAACAGCAAUAGUCCCCUGGGCCCUUCCUGGGGCCCUUAGCCAUAGAUGGUGAGAUGGGCAGCCCCCUCCCCACUGAAGUCUCUUCUGUAUCCAGGUCUGCUUCUCCCUUCCUUCAGAUAGAUUCCUUUUGGCACAUUCUCCUCUUGAAGAAGCACCAGUUUUUCAGAAACUGAGAGGGAGGGCAAAAUCCUUUAAAAAUACCAAAAAUGUUUACAGCGUUGGGUGCUGAGCUGCAGGGCUCAGGCCUGACCAGUAGUAACCAAAGGGUGAGGCAGGCCACACUGACUGCCACCCCCACCCCAGGCCUGUUGGAAUAGAAGCCUUAGUCCCUCCCCACCCUGCCCCCCAGCCCCAGAUCCCACCACCUGCCUUCUCUUUGAUUUCUAAAGAGGGAUUCUGCAGAGACCUCCGCCCCCUCCCCAGCUCAGUCUGAGCUGCCUGCCCACCCAUCACAGUCUUCAUAUCCCAUCUGUCCUGUGCCGUCUGUCUCUCUGGGCCAUGUGUGAGCAGUGUCCUGACCACCCCCUGCUGUCCCGCCAUCAUUGGCCUGAGUGUGCUCUGUAUACAGCGUCCUUGU